AAAAAGUAGCUCUCUCACUCUCACUCUCACUCUCGCUCUCGAGAGAAGGAGGGGCAUCUCUGCUCUGAUUUGCUAAAUACUACUCUACUAACCACUCUGGUCACUGGCCAUCCCUCUCCACUCACUCUCUCUCUCUCUUUUCCACUGUCCAUAGCCUUAGCGUGUUGUGUUGUCCUCCAUUUUAGUGUGGAGGAUUGGAAUCUAAACCCAUAAAGGAAAAGCUUUUCGUUUUCUUUACUACACUCCCUCCGUAGAGUAGAUCAAGAAUAGUAGAUCAGUCAAGAAGAUCUACGAUGAUGAUAGACAGGCACUUCAUGAAACAAAAGAUGGAAACAAAAGAAGAAGGCUGCUGCUGCUGCUUCUUCACCCUUCUUCGCCUCCACAACCACCGCAUUUCUUCACUACUCUUGAUUCUCUUUGUCGUCGUCGUCGUCUCACCAGAAUUCAUCACUUGCGCGGCUCCCAUUGCCAUUAACUACGGCCAGAUCGCCAACAACCUCCCUUCCCCAGAAUAUGUCGUCCCUCUCGUCAAAUCCAUCGGCGCCACCCGCCUCAAGCUCUACGACGCCGACCCCACCGUCCUCAAGGCCUUCGCCAACACCGGUGUCGAGUUCAUCGUCAGCCUCGGCAACCAGUACCUUUCCAAGACCAGGGACCCCAAGCAAGCUCUCGCCUGGGUCAAGGCCAACGUCCAACCCUUCCUCCCCGCCACUAGAAUCACCUGCAUCGCCGUCGGCAACGAGGUCCUCACCUUCAACGACACCUCCCUCUCCUCCAACCUCCUCCCCGCUAUGCAGAGCGUCUACUCCGCCCUCUGCUCCCUCAACCUCCAGGACAAGGUCUCCGUCACCACCGCCCACUCCCUCGCCGUCCUCCAGACCUCCUACCCCCCCUCCGCCGGCAGGUUCCGCCCGGACCUCGCCCCCUGCUUGACCGCCAUCCUCAACUUCCACCUCAAGACCGGCUCCCCUUUCCUCAUCAAUGCCUACCCCUACUUCGCCUACAAGGCCAACCCCAAGCAGGUCCCUCUCGAGUUCGUCCUUUUCCAGCCCAACCCCGGGAUCCUCGAUCCCGCCACCAAUCUCCACUACGACAACAUGCUUUUCGCCCAGAUCGACGCCGUCCAUUCCGCCGUCGAGUCCCUGGGGUUCAAGGACGAUGCGGUGUGCGUCCAGAUCUCCGAGACCGGCUGGCCCUCCAAGGGAGACGCCGACGAGGCCGGAGCCACCCCGGAGAAUGCCAAGAAGUACAACGGCAACCUCAUCAACAAGCUGGUGUGCGGGAAGAAGGGGACGCCCAUGAGGCCCAACGCCGACUUGAACAUCUACGUCUUCGCCCUUUUCAACGAGAACAUGAAGUCCGGCCCAACCUCCGAGAGGAACUACGGCCUCUUCAAGCCGGAUGGCUCCCCGGCCUACUACAUUGGCUUCAACGGGACCGGCCUCCUUUCCACUUCCUCCAAUACCUCCACUACUCCUAGCAGUACUGGUAGUAGCAGCACCAGUACUAGUAGUGUUCCUCCUGGCUCCUCCUCCUCCUCCGGUGGUCCCACUUCUUCCACUGGCUAUUUAUCCAUCACCUCCGAUGCGGGAUUACAUGCUUUGCCCAGUGCAGUGCCGCACUUGUUACUGAUGAUUUGUUGGCUCGUAUUGUUGCUGGCCUUCCAACUUCCAAGAGAACAUUAGACGAAUCACAAUUGAGUAUUAUUGCCCCCACUGGAGAGAGGGGGGGGGGGGUAGCGUCUUCAUUAUAUAGGCUUUGAGGGUUGGGGAAAAGAAUUGAGAUUCUCCUUUGAUCGAGUCUUUGAGGGCUUUGGCUGACUUUUAUGUAUCAGAAGAGUAGUGCUACUGGUAGUGUAGUGGAGUGGCAUCAGCAGAACUAAGCACAGUAGUAGCCUCCUCUUAUGUUGUCUGUGGACCAUCAAAGUUUGCUGUGGACGACGGUAGCUGAGUCAGAGUGGCGCAUAAUCCUGAACACGGUUGUUGCCCACCAUCGUCUACUCUUCCUUCCUGUAUUCUUUCAUUUAUUUAUUUGCACUUAUUGUUGGUAUUUUACCCAUUA